AUGAGCGGACAAACGAGUUUCUACUGCGGGCUCUUGCUUGUGCUCCUGAUCCAAGCCCAAGCCAGACCAAGAUCAGAUGAUAGCAUUCAGACCUUAUCCAGACUUUUGGAAGAUGAAUAUGGACAGUACUUCCCCUCAGACGAGCUGAACAAUGAGGCACAAGAUAUACCGCCAGCUGCUUCUAUUUCCGAAUUCAACGCUGACCUGUCCGAUUUGGAGCUUCCCUGGGACCGCGAAGCCAGAGAGAUGGAGAGGCAAUCUACCGAACAGGAAGCAGUCCUGGACCGUGUCCUGAAAGACCUCCGCAAUAAUUUUCUGCGGAAAAAUAAUUUAAGGAAGAGAAAAAGUAAGAAAUCACGGCCCUGCUUCGGAGCGAAGCUGGACAGAAUCGGGGCUAUGAGCAAUCUGGGCUGUUAG